CCGGGUCCGAGGAGACACGGGCGAGGCUGUGGCGAGCGCCCGUCGCUUUCGCAUCUGAUCUCUCCAAAACUUGGCCACGGUGCGGUCAGGAUAAUCCUCCCCCCCUGCCGGCCGGCUUCUCUUCCUAGGUCCCAAGCGAGUGGUCCUCUCCCCAUGCGCUGUGCCUUGGCCAGGAACGGGUUGAUCAAUCUGACAAGCGUCCUCGCCCUCUCGCUCUCGUGGUUCGAGUCUUCACCAUCGCACGCCCGCCCCCCUUUCUUUGCUUCGGCGCUUACCCUACGCAAUCUUUGCGGCAUCGUCUCCUCCGCUUGGCGCGUCGAGACGUAUUGGCCGCUGCCAUGGCCGAAUUCGCACCACUGACAGGUUUCCAGAGCCCAUCACCGAACGGCUUCUAUUCUUAUCCCGACUCUGGGGCCAAUGACCCCCGCCUGCAGACCGAUCAUCACAGCAGAAAUACCGACAGCGCAUAUCGAGCAGCCGGAUCCCACUCCUCUGCCAGGCUCCCUCGAAAGCCGUCCCUCCAGACAUUCCAGAGCCACGCAACGUCAGCAUCAGGCGGUGGCCUUCCACCUCAUCCCAAAGCGAGAGCAGCGUCCGUGUCUAGGCUUCAGCACCAGCAUGGGAGACAGCUGAGCCUGCAAGACAGUCUCGAGAAACCAUUACCGGAGCCGCCCGCCGAAACAAGCCUCUCGACGCCCCCGUCAGUCACCCUCCCCAUCUUCGACAGUCUUUCUCAGAGCAUCGGCGCCGUAGAACCGCCCCAGAACCGCUUUCUCGAGUCCCGCCAAGAUCACCGAAUAAGCCCCGUAGACUCGAUGAGCCCCAGCGCCGGCAACCAGGCAUACGGUUCUUCGGGCCAGGACAACUUUUACAUGCAGGAGAUGAGCGCCAACAUGGCUGGCUUGAGCGCGACGAGAUACGGUGGUGGCCCUGACGAAUACAGAGAUGGUCAUAGAGAGGGGCUGACGCCGAGGAGCAACGGCUCUGUAUCGGCAGGCAUGUCGCCCGCGAUUGCGCAGGGUCAGAUGCAGGCGCAGGCACAGGCACAGUCUCAGCAGGCUCAAGGACCAUCUGCCACGCCCGUCGGCGGUCCUUCCCAGGGGUCCUCGGCUCAUCUAUCGGGAUUGAUGUGCAACGUACACCGAACCACGGGCCAGGAGCCUCCGCCGCUGGUUGGGGCCACGACGACGAUCCUAGGCGACAGCUUGUACGUUUUUGGCGGCCGUAUCCUUUCCCGGAGCCGUCCCGCGCCGCUCACCUCCGACCUCUACGAGCUGGACCUCAUCCGACGCCACUGGACGAAGCUGGAGGUGACGGGCGACAUCCCGCCCCCUCGAUAUUUCCAUUCCAUGUGCGCGCUUGGGGGCACCAAGAUGGUGUGCUAUGGCGGAAUGUCCCCGGCGCCUAACCAGCCCAUGGGGGCGGACCAGCAGCAGCCCGAGGUGACCGUCAUGUCCGACAUUCACAUAUACGACGUGCCAAGCAAGCGGUGGUCCUACGUCCAGGCGCAAGAGACGCCCCAGGGCCGGUAUGCCCACUGCGCAUGCAUCCUCUCCUCGUCCGCCACCUUUUCCUCAAAGGACGCCCCUCUCUCGGCUCUCCAGCACAACCCGUCCAACGGCAACCCCAACGAGGGCCGCAUCGGCAUCAACAUUGACGGCACGGGGGGCGCUCAAUUGGUCAUUGUUGGAGGCCAGGAUGGCGCAAACCACUACAUUGAACAGAUUAGCGUCUUCAACCUCAGGAGCCUCAAGUGGACGACGACUCAGCCGCUGGGCAAGAGCUGCGGCGCCUAUAGGAGCGUCGCUGCCGCGCUGCCUCCCGCUGUCAGCGCAAGGAUCGGAAUGCAUGCCCAAAACGGCCAGCAGCGAAACGAUAGCACCGCCGGCCAGGAGCCUGGAUCGUCCAUGCUCAUCUACUCCAACUACAACUUCUUGGAUGUCAAGCUGGAGCUUCAGAUUCGAUCGCCCGACGGGACCUUGACGGAGCGGCCCAUGUCGGGAACGUACUCGCCACCGGGCCUUCGCUUUCCCAACGGCGGCAUCAUCGAUACUCACUUUGUGGUUAGCGGAACGUACCUCACGUCCUCGAAGCAAGAAUACGCGCUGUGGGCUUUGGAUCUUCGGUCCCUUACCUGGAGCCGCAUCGAUGCGGGGGGCAGCGUGUUCAGCCAGGGCAGCUGGAAUAGGGGUGUGUUGUGGAAUCGACGGAAUACGUUUGUUAUUCUCGGCAACAGAAAGAGGAGCCUAGUGGACGACUACAACCACCGGCGCAUCAACUUCUCCAACGUCUGCAUGGUGGAGCUGGAGGCAUUUGGCUUCUAUGACAACCCGCGCAAGGUUGACCCCAUGUCCGGCUUCGUCUCUGCCAGCAGCCCAUACUCUGGUCUGAGUCUGAGUCUUGCGCGCAAGGCUGGCUCUACAGCCGGUGGCCGCUUCCACUCUCGGGCAAGCGAGGACCUGGGAGAAAAGGUUCUCGCAUUUCGAGAGCUCGCCGACAUGGACAUCCUGUGCAUUGGCGGCGAGCGGAUACCGGUCAAUUCGCGAAUCGUGGCGCGGCGAUGGGGCCCCUACUUUGUCCAGCUGCUGCGAGAAGGCACGGCAACACAGGACGGCAGCGACGCUGUGACCUUGCGGUCCGGCCUGUCGAGCAAUCCGAUGCGGACGUCAGCGUUGACCAUCACGCCGAAUCGAAACUUUGACGACUCGUCGACGCUGGUGGGCAGCACGGGGGGCUCUAUAGGAGGGUCCUUCUCGGGACCGUCUGGCCUCUCCGGUCCGAUCCAUCACGGAGGCGGUGCCGGCACGGCAAACGGAGACGAGGCAGUUGCAGCCGCCAACAGCGCCCCAACGCCUCGCAGCCUGAUGCCCAACUCGAGGCCGCGAUGCCUCUACCUACCGCACACGUACCUGACGAUCCAGGCCCUGCUGCACUUUUUGUACACUAGCUCCUUACCUUCGCCUACCUCUGCGCUGUGCACGCCGCAGAUCCUCUGCUCUCUGCUCCAGAUUGCGCGGCCAUAUCGAAUCGACGGCCUGUUGGAAGCCGUCGUCGAGCGUCUGCAUGCCCUCCUCGACAGUAGGAACGCGGCGGCGGUGUUCAAUGCGACGGCCAUGGCCGCUGGUGGAGGACGGGGCAUUGACGGGACCCUGAACCCCAACUUCUUCGUCGGCAGCCUGGACCCCAUCGGGUCUCCGGUGUCCACGUCAGACUUUUCCCUCAGCGGCACGACCGCCAAGGACUCCAUGUCGGACCUGGCUUCGCGCACAGGAAGCCUAAGCGUAUCGGGCCUCCAGCAGCAUCCGACGCGGUCAUCCAGCGGCGACGUGUCUGCCUCGACGAGCACGAGCGGGUCCGAAUGGGGAUCCGAGAUGGGCGACACCGAGCGGGACGCCGUCAUCUGGAACGGAGAGCUCAGCAGCGUUAUUGGGCUGCAGAAGAGGGGCCUGCGAGGACUCAUGGAGGGCCGGAGAAUGCGGGAGAGGACAGGGACGGGGACUGGGGGCGCGGCAGGCAUGGGAGCUGCCAACAUUGGCGGGUAUGGAGGCCAGGCUGGCGGCGGCGGCGGCGGCGGCCAGCGCGUCGGGCUGGGGAUUGCCGGACCGGGAGUUAUCUAGAUGACAUGAUGA